UAAACAUAAUACCAUAUUCGUAUCAAUCAACAAAUUUAGCUUAAGUUCAAAUUAACUCAGUUAUCGCACAUCCCUUUAUUUUUUAGUUCCCCUUGUAUAUGGCAAAGAAAUGCCAAUAUGUAGCCAUUUUAAUAACAGUGAUGGUAAUCCUUAGUGGAGCCCAUCGGAUGAAGCGUUUAUCCUCGCCCAAAUUUCAUGGAGACGAAACCCUCGAGUUGGCCAAGUACGUGGUGUCCAUCAGAUCGAGAACCCCAAACAAGUAUUUUGGUGACAAUCACUAUUGCGGAGGAGGGCUACUGUCCAAUCAAUGGGUGAUUACUGCCGCCCAUUGUGUCAUGGGACAAUCCAAGAUCAUGUACAAGGCUCGAUGGCUGCUGGUGGUGGCCGGAUCCCCGCAUAGGCUGCGCUAUACCCCCGGAAAAUCGGUCUGUUCGCCAGUGUCCAGUCUGUACGUCCCAAAGAACUUCACCAUGCACAACACCUUCAACAUGGCCCUAAUGAAGCUUCAGGAGAAAAUGCCCUCGAAUGACCCUCGAAUCGGAUUCCUUCAUCUGCCAAAAGAGGCGCCGAAAAUUGGAAUCAGACACACAGUCCUCGGCUGGGGAAGGAUGUAUUUUGGCGGACCUUUGGCGGUGCACAUAUAUCAAGUGGACGUGGUUCUCAUGGACAACGCGGUGUGUAAGACGUACUUCCGACACUACGGGGAUGGAAUGAUGUGUGCUGGGAACAAUAAUUGGACAAUAGACGCAGAACCGUGCAGCGGCGACAUCGGAUCCCCAUUACUAUCCGGAAAAGUGGUUGUCGGCAUAGUUGCCUAUCCGAUUGGCUGCGGUUGCACCAAUAUUCCGUCCGUCUAUACUGAUGUAUUUAGCGGCUUAAGGUGGAUCAGGCAUACGGCAUAUGACUGGGCCAGCAUCACUAAGACAAAUCCAACCCUCAUGUUCAUACUGUUGUAUGUACUUCAUAGACUAGGGUAGCAAAUGCAUUGAACUUAUGGCAUAGGCAACCUGGUAACUCGAUGGGCACAGCUCUUAAUGGGCGCAAAGCGCGGCUGGAACCGCGUCCAUGUGCAUGUGGCUUUAAUUGACAUUGCCCACACACUCUGCCAGUAGAAGGGCAAUAAAGCACUCAAAAUCUGUUUUCCAGAGCUGGAAAAUUCGAUGCUGGGCUGGCAGUAAGUAAGUGGAAACGGUUGAUGCGAGCGAGAAUUGAGUUUGAACGGGAGGGGAGUCUGCUCUCCAUCAGUUUCUUCAUUCUCGAGCAUGGCAUUCAUAAUGGACCCAAAUGGCAAUGGAUACACGAAUUCAGCUUAUGUUUCUUAGCAGGUAACAAAGGCCAGGCACCUGCUCCUCAUUUGCGUAAUGAAUUUUGUGCAUCUUGCUCUAUUUCGCCUUCUUUUUUUUGUUUUUUCCGAAGAGCUCCGUAGGCAAAUGCGUAAUGACAACAUUAAUGCAAACGACUUCAUUUAAUUAAACGCCCUUUUUGGCCUGACAGCAAAGGAAACUGCGAAACUGGGAAA